AGAGGAGGAGGGUCGGCUGGCGGUGCCUGACGUCAGCGAUGAUGGUUGUGAGAUGAAGGCGCCGUCGCUUAUCGAAGGCUCAUCAGCGUCGGAUGGAAGGAUAGGGAAGAGAAGGACGUUAUGUGAGCUUCAAGAGGAAGAAAAAGUAUUGUUAGGAGAGAAGAAUGAGCUUCAAAAGGAGAUGGAAUUGAGGAGGAAAGCUUACGGUGCUUUGGAAGCGGAGAACCAGAGGCUAAAGAGCCAACAGAUAAGUUUUGAGGCAGAAGAUAGAGUUUCUGUCAAGUCUACAGCAGCAGCCUCAAGUUCGAGUUCUCACUUCAUUCUCCCAGACCUCAACGAACCGCCUUCAGAAAUUUUUUGACCGACAAAAUGGAUGAGAUGAGUUUGAUUUGCAAGUGGUUUUAGCAAAUAAGCACAAAAUGUACAUAAAGGGACAUGUAGUUUCAUAGCAUGAGGAGGGUUAGAGGAUAAUUCUGUUAUCCGAGGCUUGUUUUUGGACAAGUGAUCAAUUAUGUUAACUUAUUUCUUUUAAUAUGUUCUUCUGUUAUUAAAACCGAUUGUUUGUAUCAUAUUCUUUUUGAUGAUAGUUAAAGUUGGGAAUUUGUUAAUCAA